CGGAUUAAAUAAUAAAGUUCAAAAAAUAUUUUCUUUAAUCUUUUGUCGAAGAAUAGAAAUGUGGACCGACUGUCAAUUCUAAAAGUCGUAUAAAAACUCGCAAGCUUGGAAGCACCACUUCAAUUUCUCAGAUCACCGAGAUCCGCCAUUUCUACACUCCGAGCUCCCAGCCUUCUCGAGGAGAGAUAGAAUCUAGAGAGAUAAAUAAGGUGUUUAGGAGAGAGAAAACUUGAGCGACUGAAAAGAUGUCUUCGUUCGACACCUUCAGCAACGACGGCGAUGAGCUCAGACCCUCUGAUCGUCCCUUCGACGACGGCUACAUGGGCUACGACCCUCGCCUCCCUUCACAGCGCUUCGAUCCCUCCGCCUUCACCAACGCUUCCGACGAUUACUCUGCCGUCGAUGAGGUCACCGUUGAGUCUGAGGAGGUGGAGGACGAUUCUUCAAUGCCUUUUGGUGGUGGAAACCCUAAUUAUGCUGAAUCGCCGUUUGGUGAUCCGAUCCCUGUUUCAAAUGGUAAUGGGAAGCCCUAUGAUUUGGGAGCUGAUGAAGAUGGUGUUUUCUCCUCUGAUGGUCCUAUUCUUCCUCCUCCUGAUCAGAUGAAUGAGGAAGGGUCUGCUCUUCGCGAGUGGCGCCGUCAAAAUGCCAUUAGGCUGGAGGAAAAGGAAAAGAGGGAAAAAGAAAUGAGGAUGCAAAUCAUUGAAGAAGCUGAGGAGUACAAACGUGCAUACUUCGAGAAGAGAAAACUUAACACUGAAACCAACAUAAAGAACAAUAGGGACAAAGAGAAGAUAUACUUGGCUAAUCAAGACAAGUUCCAUAAAGAAGCAGAUAAACAGUACUGGAAAGCAAUAGCAGAACUCAUUCCUUAUGAGGUUCCUACCAUUGAGAAGAGGAGAGGAAAGAAGGAAGAUGACAAGAAGGCAUCAAUCACUGUUAUCCAAGGUCCAAAGCCUGGGAAGCCCACUGAUAUGGGAAGAAUGAGACAGAUAUUGGUGAAACUGAAGCAUACACCACCACCUCACAUGAUUCCACCAAAACCCGAGCCUGCCAAGGAUGGCAAAGAUGGAAAGGGAGAGAAAGAUGCCAAAACUGGUAAAGAUUCAACGAAAAAGCCCUCUGGUUCUGAAAAGAGUGCCUCUCCCGGUGUUUCUCAAAAGUCCGAAAAGGAGAAUUCAACCCCAGAAGCCGAGAAGCCAGCCCCAGAAGCUGAGCAGCCAACUCCAGAAGCCGAUCAGCCAACCCCAGAAGCCGAGCAGCCAACCCCUGAAGCCGAGCCAGUAGCAAUUGCUUGAUUGGUUUAUACAUGAAUAUGUUUGUCCAAAUCUCUCUUUUUGCUUGUUUUAUUUUUCAUACGGGAUCCUAAUUUCACACUCUUCUGAUCUCCCGAUGUCUUGUAUUAAUGGAGAAGGGAAAUGAUGUAGUUUUGUUUCCAUGCGCAGCAGUGUCCAUGAGACUUUCCGUCUUUCUUCUCAGGCGUAGAGUUUAUUAUUCUUUAGUUCUCUCAUUUGGGGAAUUGGUAUCCAGGUUUUUGGAUUUUGUUUUUCGUGUUUGUGUCACAUAAACUUAAAAACUCAUUGCUCCUUGAGAACUGUUGCUGUAACAAUGUCAAUUUGUUCAUUUUUUGUAGCCAGUUAUAUUGUUUAA